AUGCUGAACGGGAUGGCCGUCAGCUGGGGUGCGCGGAAGCAGGGAGGCGUCUCCCUGUCGACGAUGGAGGCGGAAUUUGUCGCGGCGAGUGAAGUCGCGCGCGAGCUGCUCGGCCUGCGCGAGAUGUUGUGCGAAGUGGGCGUAGAGCCCGCGCUUCCGAUGCAGUUGCGGGUGGACAACCAAGCGGCGAUCGCGCAGAUCGCGGGAGAGGCAUCGUCGCUGAAGGCAAAACAUGUGGAUGUGCGCCUUAAGUUCCUUUGCGACUACUCGCGUCGCGGAAUCAUCACGGCGAGCUAUGUCAGAUCGGAGCAGAUGCUCGCAGACCUCCUCACGAAGGCGUUGGACGCGACGAAGCUCUCGACACUGCGCGCACUCGUGCGCAUUGGUUAA